GACUUCUCAUCUGUGGGUAGAAAUUUUAUUCAUGUUCGCCUGGGGUGACUGCACUCUGUCAUCACGUCAUUAUCAUCGCAAACAAAUCUCUUCCACUCGCUGUCCGCCUAAAUAGAAUCCACAUCUAUCACCUCAUCCAGAAGCUUGAAUUAAUCGCAACAAAGUAUACCUACACAGUGGUCGCUCGACAACAGUCUUCGCACUUGUUUAACAUACCUCGACGCCCUAUCAUCAACGGUGAUUAGCAGCGCAUUCAUAUCGCAAAGCAAGAAACACAUAGACUAUCCCCUAAUCAUAGACAUCGCAAAAGAACUGUGGUGCCCAUUUCGGCGGAGUUACAUUACACCAUUGGUUGUGCAUCUUCACUCUUCAAAUUGUUCACCGCCACGUCUUUUUUGCUCUUCGACAUAACUGAAAUCAGGAUCAAGCCUCAAGCCAACCUGUCAUUGCAAUAGGCAGAAUGAUCAGGGUGAAUUCCCCCCUUCAAGGCCUCAUUGCCUUCUCUCUUUUAUCGACAUCAGUUUUCGCCAGGUCUGAUCGUAUUUGUCCCGAAGACCCAUAUGCCAGCCCAAGCACAGAUACGUGCAACCCUAUGAGAUACAUUCCCAACAAGGGUAUCAAUAUAGCUGCCGCUGUACUCUACUUCAUCGUUGCUGCUAUUCUUACUUUUCAUUCUUUUCGCCAAAAAGCUAAUUACUUCCUUGCCCUUGUUAUUGGAGCAUGGUGUGAGGGCAUUGGCCUGGUGCUUCGUGUUGCCUUUAGGACGAACCCUCAUAGCACAGGGCUAUAUAUCGUCUGUUAUCUCUUUGUCGUCCUCUCUCCCUGCGCCUUCCUUGCUGGUGACUACAUUCUUCUUGGACGUCUAGUCCAAUAUCUGGACGCCCACCAUUAUCUUCGUCCCCUUCGAGCUCAGUUGGUUUCUUGGAUCUUUAUUGUAUCUGAUGUGAUAACCUUUCUUAUCCAAGCAGCUGGUGGCGGACUGUCAACGGCAACGGAUGUUCAAACCGCCCAAAACGGAGGUCACAUCUUCCUAGCCGGUAUUGCCGCACAAAUGGCCAGUUUUAUUUUUUUCACCAUUGCAUGGUUAAUUUUCGGUAUCAGAGCCUGGAGAGAAGACAAAGAGUUAUGGCGACGUCCCGGGUGGAAGCCCCUUUUCUUCGCGCUCGGUUUCACCUGUAUUUGCUUUCUCAUUAGAAGUUUUUAUCGAACUGUUGAGCUCAGUCAAGGAUACGUCGGCUAUCUCGCUAUUCAUGAGCGAUACUUCCUUGGUCUCGAUUGCCUUCCACUUUUGCUUGGUAUCGCUACAUAUGUCUUCUUUUGGCCAGGGAAAUAUCUUCGCUUCGCUCCUAAACCUAAGAAAUCCAAGGAGUCCAAGGAGUCCAAGAAAUCUAAGAAGUCCAAGAAGUCAAAGAAGUCAAAGAAUGGGGUUGCGGAGGAUGUAGAGGAGGGAUUGCCCAUGCACGACCUGAAUGGCGAGGGAUUGGGAGAUAUGGUCAAGGGUGACGAGAAUUAUCAGAUGAGAUAAGUAUGAUAUUCAAACGCAACAACGGAGCUUUUUGUAGAGCGGCAGUAUUUGGAACAUUAGGGGUAGACAAAAU